AUGUCAGUCACUACUACCUCGACCACCACCUCCGCUUCGGCAACCUCCAGCUGCCACGCGAAAUUGUACGACAUCCCCACGCACGAUGCCGCUUGCGCGAUGCCAAUGAAGGGCAACUACUCGGAAAUCAUGAGCAGCUGUUGCUCCUCGGCUUCUGUCAUCGAGUACGACGGGUGCGAUUACUACUGCUUGGCUCAAGGCCAGACUGUUGGUACACUGGCCGAAUGCCUCGUCAAGGCAUCUGAGCCCGGUCAAGUUUGGUGCAACACCAAUGCCAACGCCACCGCGACGGCGACUGCCACUGCCACAGGCACUGGGGUCGUCACUCUCAGUGCAACGAGCUCUGGUACUGAGACCACAGGCUCGGCGACCUCAAGCGGUGCUACUGCGAGCUCGACUGCUAAUGGUGCUGGGGCUGUCGUGCCUCGCCCUUUCACCAAAUCUGCCAUCGGGAUGAUCGGUCUUUUGUUAGCCGGUUUGGCAGCGGAUUAUCUCAUCUAG